CAUGUCAAAGGGACCAGCAGGUGGCAUCGAUUUGGGGACCACCUAUUCCUGUGUGGGGGUCUUUCAGCAUGGCAAAGUCGAAAUCAUUGCCAAUGACCAGGGUAACAGGACCACACCGAGUUAUGUAGCAUUCACAGACACGGAGAGGCUGAUUGGGGAUGCCGCCAAAAAUCAAGUAGCGCUUAAUCCUGCCAAUACAGUCUUUGAUGCCAAAAGAUUAAUUGGACGGAGGUUCGAUGACACUGUUGUGCAGUCAGACAUGAAGCAUUGGCCGUUCACUGUUAUCAAUGACAGUUCCCGCCCCAAAGUUCAAGUUGAAUACAAAGGCGAGACCAAGUCCUUUUACCCAGAGGAGAUUUCUUCCAUGGUGCUUACAAAGAUGAAGGAGGUUGCAGAGGCAUACCUUGGAAAAACUGUUAUGAAUGCCGUUGUUACCGUACCUGCUUACUUUAAUGACUCUCAGCGCCAAGCCACAAAGGAUGCUGGGACCAUCACCGGCCUUAACGUUCUAAGAAUGAUCAAUGAGCCGACCGCUGCUGCCAUUGCUUAUGGCCUGGACAAGAAAGUUGGUCCUGAGAGAAAUGUCCUGAUCUUUGAUCUCGGUGGUGGCACUUUUGAUGUAUCCAUCCUUACAAUUGAGGAUGGCAUCUUUGAGGUCAAGUCCACAGCCGGAGACACUCACCUCGGAGGCGAAGACUUUGACAGUCGCAUGGUGAACCAUUUUAUCUCAGAGUUCAAGCGCAAGUACAAAAAGGACAUCAGCGAUAACAAGAGGGCCGUCCGCCGCCUGCGCACUGCCUGCGAGAGGGCGAAACGCACCCUGUCCUCCAGCACUCAGGCCAGCGUUGAGAUCGACUCUCUGUAUGAAGGAAUCGACUACUACACUUCCAUCACUAGAGCUCGUUUCUAAGAGCUGAACGUUGAUCUCUUUCGCGGUACAUUGGAUCCAGUAGAGAAGUCUCUUUGUGAUGCUAAACUGGAUAAGUCUCAGGUUCACGACAUCGUCCUCGUUGGAGGGUCCACCCGUAUCCCAAAGAUCCAAAAACUCCUGCAGGAUUUCUUUAAUGGCAAGGAAUUAAAUAAAAGCAUCAAUCCGGAUGAGGCUGUCGCAUAUGGAGCAGCUGUUCAGGCUGCAAUUUUAUCUGGAGAUAAGUCUGAGAAUGUCCAAGACCUGUUGCUCCUGGAUGUUACCCCUCUGUCUCUGGGGAUUGAAACUGCCGGUGGCGUUAUGACCAUCCUGAUCAAACGUAACACUACCAUCCCAACCAAACAAUCCCAGACCUUCACCACCUACUCGGACAACCAGCCCGGUGUCCUCAUUCAGGUGUAUGAAGGUGAGAGAGCCAUGACCAAAGACAACAAUUUGCUUGGGACGUUUGAGCUGACCGGGAUACCUCCAGCUCCCCGUGGGGUCCCUCAGAUAGAAGUCACCUUUGAUAUCGACGCCAAUGGCAUCAUGAAUGUGUCUCCUAUAGAGAGCACCGGCAAGGAGAACAAGAUCACCAUUACAAACAACAAAGGUCGUCUAAGCAAGGAGGACAUCUAGCAUAUGGUCCAGGAAGCUGAGAAGUACAAGGCAGAGGACGAUGUCCAAAGAGAAAAGGUCGUCGCUAAGAAUGGCCUCGAGUCCUACGCCUUCAACAUGAAGUCCACAGUUGAGGAUGAGAAGCUUAAGGGAAAGAUAAGCGACGAGGACAAGCAGAAGAUUCUUGACAAGUGCAACGAGGUGAUAAACUGGCUGGACCAAAACCAGACCGCCGAGAAGGAUGAGUUUGAACAUCAGCAGAAGGAGCUAGAGAUGUGCAACCCUAUCAUCACCAAGCUUUACCAGAGUGCUGGUGGAAUGCCAGAUGGUAUGCCUGGAGGGUUUCCAGGAGCUGGAGGUGCCCCUAGUGGAGGAACCUCUGGCCCAACUAUUGAGGCAGUUGAUUAA